GGAUAACCAAAUCAAACAAAGCCUCUGGCCUUUCAUUUGAAAGACUGCAGCAAACCACACCAGGGUCACAUGAGUCUGCAACAUACACUGAGUUUUCAGUGCAGUGACGGAAUGAAGCAAGUAAUUGUUUUGUAGGGCUUCAUCUCUUUUCCAAGCCAGCAUUGUUGAUGCAAGAAGCCAGGCAGUCAGAUGGAUGCCUUUGCCAUGGGUGUGACUGUGCCAAUGCACCUGGUCUUGCUGAGUCUGAUGACUGGGAGCAGCCAGGGGUGCUACUGUGAACAUUACCCAUGGGGGUCGUGGUCUGCCUGCUCACAGACCUGCAAUUUCGGCACACAGACCAGGCACAGGCAAAUAAGAAUGGAUGAAUAUUAUAGCCAAAACUUCUGUGACCAGCUGUGCACAAAGCAAGAAUCUCGUACAUGUAACCAGCAAACAUGUCCUAUCAACUGUCAGCUUGGAGGCUUUGGCCCUUGGUCAGAAUGUGACCCAUGUGUUAAAAAACAAUUCCGUACCCGGACACUCCUGCAACCAUCCCAAUUUGGGGGCCAGGCAUGUACCGAGCCACUGGUGGAUUCCCGCCCUUGUUUCCCAGCUAAACUCUGCAACAUAGUGGAAGUUGACUGCAAGAAUAAAUUUCAGUGUGAAAGUGGUCGCUGUAUUUCAAAAACAUUGGAAUGUAAUGGAGAAAAUGACUGCGGGGACAACUCUGAUGAAAGAAACUGUGGAAGGAAAAAGACGGUGUGUAACCGAAAGUAUGAGAGCAUCCCAGGUGUGCAAUUAAUAGGCAGUGGAUUUCACAUUCUGGCAGGAGAGAGCCGAGGGGAAGUUCUUGGCAACUCAUUCAAUGGAGGACAAUGCAUAACAGUGAAGCGCAAUGAGACAAGGAAAUUGUAUCGUGUUCCUGCAAAUCUGGAGGCUGUCAGCUUUCAGGUAGCAGAUGAAGAGGAUGAUGUAACAUCAGAUUUCUACAAAGAUUUAACUCCCCUGAGUGAUAGUGCUUCUGACAGUAGUUCAUCCACUCGUAGUGGUAAAAGUUCUUCUGGUAUCCCAUUUUUAUUCUCAAGAAAGACACGGGUCCAGGUUACUUCACUUUCCUCCUUCAAGAAAGCUAUUAAAGCCUCAUAUGAAAAGAAUUCCAACUUUAUUAGAGUCCAUAAAGUAAUUUCUGUUGCAAACUUCACAAUGAAACAGUCAGAUCUGCAGCUAUCAGACAUCUUUCUAAAAGCACUUAACCACCUGCCCCUGGAGUACAACUAUGCUUUAUACAGCAGAAUAUUUGAUGACUUUGGCACUCAUUACUACACCUCUGGGAAGAUGGGUGGUUCCUAUGAUAUUCUUUACCAGUACAGCUCUGAGGAACUGCAGAACUCAGGCCUGUCAGUUGAGGAAUCAACAGAGUGUGUCCGAACAGAAACAACCAGGCGUGUGUUCUUCAGGAAGAAAAAGAAAGUCAGUACCAGAUGCACCACAAACAGGAUGACUGUGACACAUGAAGGUUCUAUUUUGGAGUCAGCUGAACGAUCAGUUUCCCUGGUAAAAGGUGGCAGGUCAGAGUAUGCAGCAGCUCUGGCCUGGGAGAAAAAAGGGGCUUUUCCAGGACAUAGAGUCUUCACAGACUGGCUGGAAUCAACAAAAGACAAUCCUGCAGUGAUUGACUUUGAGGUGUCACCCAUCGUGGACCUGGUCAGGAACGUGCCAUGCGCUGUGACCAAGCGCCGCCAUCUGAGGAGAGCCCUGAGGGAACACGUGGGCAGGUUUGACCCCUGCCAGUGUGCCCCGUGCCCCAACAAUGGCAGGCCUGUGCUCUCUGGGACACAGUGCCUCUGCCUGUGCCCGGCUGGCACCUACGGCGCCAACUGCGAGACGCGGGCUCCGGGUUACACAGCAGUUGCUGUUGAUGGCCGAUGGGGUUGCUGGUCUGAAUGGAGCCCAUGUGAUGCUUCCUUCAAAAAAAGAAGGACUCGGGAAUGCAAUAACCCCUCCCCAAUGAAUGGUGGGAAGCCGUGUGAAGGGCAGUGGGAAGAAGAGGAGGACUGUUAUGUCUCUGUGUUCACAGACAGAGGUGCUCCUUGUAUAAAUGAUGAUGAAACCAAGAGAGAAGAGAAUGUCUUGAUUAGUGAACCUGACUCUGGAUGUUCUAGGCCAGACCCACCAGAGCACGGCUUUAUCAGGAAUGAAAAGAACCAGUAUGCUGUGGGGGAGGAAGUUGAAGUUGCUUGCAUGAGUGGUCAUAGCCUCAUUGGCUAUCAAUACCUUCGGUGUCUGCCAGAUCAAACCUGGACACAACAACAUGUUGAGUGCCAACCCUCAGUAUGCCUCAGGCCACUAAUAUCUGACAGUAUCACAAUUUCCCCAUUUAAGCAACAGUACAACAUUGGUGAAACAGUGAAGCUGAGUUGCCAACCUGGGUUUGUAGUCACUGGUCACACAAAGUAUACCUGUGGGAAAGACCUGUCCUGGAUGCCUCCUAUUUUGAGUUCUAUUAUAUGUGAAACAGAUGUGCAAACUAAAAUUAGAGGUAUUUGCAGUCCAGGACAAAAGCAGGUUGGAUCUCAGUGUGUUUGCAUGUCUCCAGAAGAAGAUUGUGGCCACUACUCAGAAGACAUCUGUGUGCUACAUGCUGUUUCUGAACAGAAUGUGACCAAGCCCAGCUGUCAGUACUCAGCCGAAAUGUGCCUUGGAGUGAAGUCAUUCCAUUUCUUGCAUGCCGGCCCUUGCCAUGGUAAUUCCAACCUAGACUGGGCUAUUGAGAGGGCAAAGCUCUCUGAAAAUAGCUUGAAGAAAGUGCCUUGUGGUUAUGACACCUGCUAUGACUGGGAGGAUUGUCAAGAGACACAGACCCAGUGCUUCUGCCUGAUGCCUUACCAGUGUCCCAAAGAAGAGAUCCGCCCUCACUGCAUCCAAAUGGAGACAACAGGGAGGCGGAGGACAGUCAGUCAUUGCAUGCUGGCAGCCAUGAAAUGUGCUGGCAUCAAACUGCAGGUGCUGGAGCAGGGGAGCUGCCUGCCAUAACCCAUUUGCUCUCUGCAGACACCAUGAUCAUUGCAUCAAAUGCAGACUGAGCCACCCACGGAAUACUUGAUCAGUUAUGAAAGGAUAAGUCGAUCAAAACAAAAGGAUGAUAAAAAAAAGUAGAGCUUGCUUAACAGCUUUUUGGGAGAAGGGUGGCAGUGUUUUUUUUCUGUCUGAAAAUUACCUGGGCUUGGGAGUAUAGGGACAGCUUGUCAUUGCUGCCACCACUGGCGAUGUGCAGAGGAAGGGAGGGGAACAAAAGGAAAGAGAGAAAAAGAAAGAUUGCCUUUGUUCUCCCCAAGAUCUGAUGGGACUAUUCCUUUCCUCAUCCACUUGCUGCUUUAUCCUUGUGCUUGUGAUUGCUGUGCACUCUUGUUUCACUGGAUGAAUACCUGCUGUAUCAUGCAGGCAGA